AUGGACGUAAUGUUGCUCGAAGCGCUGCAAGUGAACAACCCAUUUACGGCAAAGCACGGGACAAGGCUGCAAAAGUGGCAAAAUGUGGCAGAAGCCGUGGGGCUGCGGGGGUUCAAGAACCCCGCAGCGUUUUCGUGGCACACGUGCCGGGACCGCGUGACGGCUCUCAUGAAAAUGUACACCGAUGGCAAACACGACAAGCUAUUUAAACACGGGACAAUGGAAGAAAACUCUCGGAAAGAGAGUAUUUUGCGCGAGAUCAAUGACACACUCGUUCGCAAGAACCACAGAAUGGCUGGGCAAUUGGUGACGGACAGCAGCAAAGAAUCGGUCCUUGUGCCUAAAAAAGAGGCUGCGGUGUCAACUCCUUCUGCGGCCGUGGCGGCCCCGACCGUACCGCAGAAACGUCGAAAAAUCGACGCUAUUGUGGCACCACUUCUUGCUGCGUCGGACGUUCACGACGCUGGCAGCGAUAUCGGUUUCCGUGCACGGAUCUUGGAGCUAAUGGAGAGCAAGAUCCAGUUUGAUAUGGACCAUUGUCAGAAAGAGAUGGAGUUGCGGGAGCAAGAGUUUCAGCUGCAGAAGCGGUUUCUGGAGUAUUUACAGUCAAAAUAG